AUGAGGCGUUCUCUGAUAACUCUGCUGGACUUUGUGGCACUCGCCAACUUGGUCAAGUGUAUACCUGUCAGUAAGCCGCAUUUCUACUGGGAGAAAACCAAGUACUUCAUCGCCUUCGGCGACUCAUACACCUAUGUCCAAGGCACCUCGGGCUACCCCAACUACAGCUUCAUCGGAUCUUACCUCCCGAACCAAUUCUCCUUCACUCCAGAAACCCUCCUCGCCGACCAGAUUGUCCAGAACUUCACCGCAACUGCCGAAGGCGGACCCAACUGGGUCGAGUACUUGACCGGGUGCGGCCUCCACAACGGCACGCUCCCGCAAUCCUGCGACAUCCAGCUUUGGGACUUCGCCUUCGCCGGCGCUGGUGUAUCGGAGGCCUUCCUACCGCUACACCACGACUUCACGGUCCCGCUCGUCAACCAGACUCAGCAGUACCUGUCCUGGGCGGAGCCCGUCAUCGGCGGUAGGAACAUGGACAAGAGUAGCGCGCUGGUGGCGGUGUGGAUCGGGAUUAACGACAUCAACGACUCGGUGAAUCAGCUGACGGGGAUCGCAUUCCGUGAAUUUUGGGACCGUAUUGUGAGUGCGGUAUUUGAGCAGUCCGUCAAGCCCAUGUACGAGGCUGGGUAUAAUAACUUCCUGUUUGUGAAUUUGCCGCCGCUAGAUCGCACGGCGGCAAACCAGAAGCGUCUGCUCCCAAGACCGAGUAAGGCGGAGAUUGGGUGGUGGAAUCGGGCACUUGAGAAGCAGAGUAAGGCGUUUGCGCAGCAGAAUACGAACGUGAAGACGAUGUUUUAUGAUGCGAAUACCUUCCUUAAUGGGAUUAUGGAUAACCCCGGGACAUAUGGCAUCACGAAUACAACGAACUAUUGCCCUGCUUAUAAUCAGCUUGACGUCCUGACGGACCCGAACAAGUAUGGAUGCCAGCCACUGGAUGAGUAUUUCUGGUACAAUAGUGGACACAUGUGA